CCAUGCGUCACCGGAGAAACAGAUGGACACAUUCGCGCUCGGACCUGUUGUUCGUGUGACCAUCCAGCGCAUUAAACUUAGCGUCUCGGUAAUCCAGGGGAAAUAAGUGAGUUUCCCCUGGAUUGGAUCACGUUUGGAGCAUCAGACGUGCGCUGCGCGUCUCCGCCGCUCAUCAGAUGAUGCGUGAUCACGGGUCCUCCUCCGGUACCUCCGGCAUUACUCACGCACCGGCAGAGUGAGAACAGCUUAAGAUGAUCCUCAGAUGAACAGGUCGGGGAAACUUUUUUUCUUGAAGAUGUUCAGGGGAGCUUCGGUCUUCGUUUGGAUUUCUGAUGGCCACGGCAAAGAGUUUGUUUAAACGCACAAAGGAAAUUUAACAGGUGCGUAAUUGUCAGUCGAGCAUGUAUCCCAGUGGCUUCUGGCACCUACUCCAGUUCAGAAGCUCUUUGGAGAUCACGCGGGGAGCGCGCUAGUUGAUGGCACUGCGCGCCGGGAGGACUUUGCUGUGGUUCGGGCAGGUUUUGCGCAGAGUUUCGCGGCUGCAGGGCUUGUGGUCCCGGCGCUCCAGCAGUCUGCUGUGUCUCUCGGCCAGCCAGGACCACGACCAAGGGACCUGUUACUACCGCAACCGGUGUCCGAAGACGCAUCAGCAGCAGCAGCAGCACUGUCCCUAUCCGCCCUUUCCAGACUGCUGCUGCGCCUUCCCGGGGGAAAAGAGGGGACAUGAACCCCUCAGCCGCCGGUUCCUGGUGGCCAUGAAGAGGCAGAACGUGCGGACGCUGUCCCUGAUCGUCUGCACGUUCACCUAUCUGCUGGUCGGGGCCGCGGUGUUUGACGCGCUCGAGUCGGACUACGAGAUGCGGGAGAAGGAGCAGCUGGAGGCGGAGGAGAAGCGCCUCCAGGGCAAGUACAACAUCAGUGAGGAUGACUAUAAAAAGCUGGAGACCAUCAUCUUGGAGGCCGAACCGCACAGAGCAGGGGUCCAGUGGAAAUUUGCAGGGUCCUUUUACUUUGCCAUCACUGUCAUAACCACUAUCGGUUAUGGUCACGCGGCUCCGGGCACGGAUGCGGGAAAGGCGUUCUGCAUGUUUUAUGCCGUGCUGGGGAUUCCUCUCACGCUGGUGAUGUUCCAAAGCCUCGGCGAGAGGAUGAACACCUUCGUCAAGUACCUGCUGAAGCGCAUCAAGAAGUGCUGCGGGAUGCGCAUCACGGACGUCUCCAUGGAGAACAUGGUGACCAUGGGGUUUUUCUCCUGCAUGGGAACGCUCUGCAUCGGCGCGGCAGCUUUCUCCCACUACGAGGACUGGAGUUUCUUUCAGUCCUAUUACUAUUGUUUCAUAACACUCACCACCAUCGGGUUUGGGGAUUUUGUGGCCCUGCAGAAGAACAAAGCCUUGCAGAGAAAACCCGUCUACGUGGCGUUCAGCUUCAUGUACAUCCUAGUGGGGUUGACGGUCAUCGGGGCUUUCCUCAACCUGGUGGUACUACGUUUCCUGACCAUGAACAGCGAGGACGAGCGACGGGACGCCGAGGAGAGAGCUUCCCUGGCGGGGAACCGCAGUAGCAUGAUCAUCCACAUCCAGGAGGACACGCUCCAGAGGAGUCGACGGAGACGAGAGCAGCAGCAGCACCGCUUCAGGCCAGAGGUCACCGAUCUCCAGUCCGUUUGCUCCUGCAUGCACUACCAUUCGCAUGAGUUCGGGAGCUCUGUCGGUCUCGGGUUGGGAAUGGGUGGAGGAGGAGGAGGAGGCGGCGGCGCGUUUCCGCACCAGAACUCGUUCGGCUCUCAGUUGAGCCCCCAUCAGUACCAUCACUACCACUCGACGGUGUCCUACCGCAUAGAGGAGAUCUCGCCGAGCACGUUGAAAAACAGCUUCCUUCCCUCCCCCAUCAGCUCCGUCUCACCCGGGCUCCACAGCUUCACAGAAAACCUCCGGCUCAUGAGACGACGCAAGUCCAUCUGA